ACCCGGAGCCCCGCGCGCAGCGCCGCAGCCACUCAGCCAGCGUCCGCGCCCCGGGCAGCCGCGAUGGCCGUGCGCUCCCGCCGCCCGUGGAUGAGCGUGGCACUGGGGCUGGUGCUGGGCUUCACCGCUGCGUCCUGGCUCAUCGCCCCCAGAGUGGCCGAGCUGAGCGAGAGGAAGAGACGCGGUUCCAGCCUUUGCUCCUACUACGGCCGCUCGGCCGCUGGCCCCGGCGCACAGCAGCCGCUCCCCGAGCCUCAUGCCCGGCAAUGGCCAGGGCAGUCGCCGCCCCCAGCGCGCCAGGAGCUCCGGGGGCCGCAGCUGCCUGAAGCAGCGCCCGGGGUAACCAGUUUUCGGAGCAGCCCUUGGCAGCAGCCACCUCCGCUGCAGCAGCGGCGGCGAGGACGCGAGCCCGAAGGCGCGACGGGGCUCCCCGGAGCCCCGGUGGCUGAAGGGGAACCAGAGGAAGAGGAUGGGGGCGCGGCUGGGCACCGGAGAGGCGGCCGGCCGGGGAGUAGCCACAACGGCAGCGGGGACGGGGGCGCCGCUGCCUCUAGCUCGCGACCCCGCGAUUUCUUGUACGUGGGGGUGAUGACCGCGCAGAAGUACCUGGGCAGCCGCGCGCUGGCAGCGCAGCGGACUUGGGCGCGCUUCAUUCCCGGCCGCGUGGAGUUCUUUUCCAGCCAGCAGCCCCCCAACGCUGGAGUUGGCCAGCCCCCACCACCUCUGCCUGUCAUCGCGCUGCCUGGGGUGGACGACUCCUACCCUCCCCAGAAAAAGUCCUUCAUGAUGAUCAAGUACAUGCACGACCACUACCUGGACAAGUAUGAGUGGUUCAUGCGCGCCGACGACGAUGUCUACAUUAAAGGUGAUAAGCUGGAGGAAUUUCUUAGGUCACUGGAUAGCAGCAAGCCCCUCUACCUGGGCCAGACUGGCCUGGGGAAUAUUGAAGAACUCGGAAAGCUGGGGCUGGAGCCUGGGGAGAACUUCUGCAUGGGAGGACCUGGCAUGAUCUUCAGUCGUGAGGUUCUUAGGAGGAUGGUGCCACAUAUUGGUGAAUGCCUCAGAGAAAUGUACACGACUCAUGAGGACGUGGAAGUAGGAAGAUGUGUUCGACGUUUCGGUGGGACUCAAUGUGUCUGGUCUUAUGAGGUAAGACUUGAGCUGUGA